AUGGCACACCCUCAGAACCUGUCGUGCGUCCUGUACGGGCCCGGCAAGGUUCGCUUUGAGCAGCGCCCGCUGCCCGUCAUUGCCGACGCGCACCAUGUCUUGGUUCGAAUUGCCUACGUGGGCGUCUGCGGAACCGAUGUGCGCUUCUGGACGCACGGGGGCAUGAUACGGACCGUGUCUGAAGACGAGCCGCUCGUCAUGGGCCACGAGGCGUCCGGGGUCGUCCAUGCCGUAGGCCCGUCAGUCACCCGGGUCCGACCUGGCGACCGCGUCGUCGUGGAACCCGGAUUCCCAUGUCACAAGUGCAAGUUGUGUCUCGGCGGUCGAUACAACCUGUGUCCGCACAUGAAGUUUGCCGCCGACCCUCCCCAGGACGGGACGCUCUCGUGUCUCUACCGGGUGGCGGAGCAGUACGUCUUCAAGAUCCCCAGCCUUCUGACCCUUCAAGAAGCGGUCCUGGUUGAGCCCUUGAGCGUGGCGGUGCAUGGAGCCCGUCUCUCGCCCCUGGAACCCGGACGCAGCAUUCUCGUGCAGGGAUCGGGAACCGUUGGUCUUCUCACGGCGGCAACUGCUCUCGCGUUUGGAGCGGGACCAAUCUUCAUCUCGGACAUUAAUCAAGCCAAGCUUGACUUUGCCAAGACCUUUAUAGAGUGUUGGACGUUUGUCCCUGACGCGGCGCUCACGCCCGGGGAGAACGCGGCAAGGUUCAAGAAGCGGACGGGGCAGAGGGACGGCGUGGACAUUGUCUUUGAAUGCACAGGCUCCGAACCAGCUAUUCAAACAGGACUUCACGCUCUGGCAGCAGGCGGCACCUUUGUGCAGAUAGGCAUUGGCAAGUCGGAACAAGUGCUGCCGCUCACGCUGAUGUGCGAAAAGGAAGUCAAUUUCCAGAGCUCGUUCCGGUACGGGCCCGGCGACUUUGAUCUUGCCAUCCGCUUGCUGGAGGCACAGAAGUUCUCCGUCAAGUCGUUCAUCAGCAGCGUCUUUCCGUUCCACAAGGCUGCCGAGGCGUGGGAAGAGACGCGGCAGGGCAGGGGCGUCAAGAAUCUGAUUCAAGUCACGGGGGACUAG